AUGGUUACCGCAGUUCUGUUUGUCAACAAUGCAUCACCGACGACAAUAACGCAGUUUCACGACAUGAUAAUGAAUCAAUUACCGGAAACUCUACCAUCAUGGGAAUUUGAGCUUGGUAUUUUCUUGAAUAAUAAAUUCAGCAAACCAUUGACAACAGAACCCAACCAAGUUCCGAAUCGAUAUAUGUAUACUUUGCAAUUAUCAUAUUUAAAUGAGGAAGGAGGAAACAAAAUGAUAAGUAUCAUAAAUAAUCACAAAAGUGUAGUGACCUGUGUUCCUAACUCGACGAAUAUUCUAUCCAGUUUGGAAUCCUUCACCACUAAAGGACUAAAUUAUUAUAGGGAUGACGAACCUAAGGACUCAAACGCUGAGGCAAAGGAUCAUAGUGAGGAUGUCAAAGAUGUUGAGAUGUCAGGCAUAGAGCAUCAAAUUACAAAUCAAAGCACUGCAAUAUCACCAUUAACAGAUAUAGAUGAUGAUUUACUUUUCAGUAAUCAUGAGGCAAAAUCACUUGGCGAGAUGAAAAGGCGUAAGAAGCUGCUCAAGCAUAUACAAAAUGGGUGCUGUAAUAACUUACAUCCCCAGACAAAAGAGAAUCUAGAAUUCAUGCUAGUUUCAAGAUUACAAAGCUUAUGGACAUUAAAACAGACAAUUCGUGGUCAAAGUGGAUUAGGUUAUAUUUUGAAUGCCGAGCUUGAGGAAGAUAUAACUCAAGCUGAACCUAAUAAUAGCACAAAAGCUAGUACCAACGAAUCAGGAAAAACUAAAACGUCAGAAAAGUUCAAGCUAAGAACUAUAAACUGUCUAUUGCAUGGAUUAUUUAAGGGGUUCUUAAUUGAAAUUGAACACCUUGAUGAGGAAAUGGAAAAAUUGGAGAUUGACAACGAAUUAAAAAAUAUUCCUGAAACUGAGAGAAAAAACAAAUUGAUUAUGAGGUUCACUAGAAGUAUAGCAAUGAUUAAAUCUUUGAUUUCAACCUACAAUUUUCCAGAUGGUAAUUUAUGCUUUAACGUCUUAAGUGAUUCUAAGUUGGACUAUCUAAGUGACUUAUGCCAACAGUAUUGUGAUGCGCUACAGAUGUGA